AUGCCUCGCGACCCUGACACACUGCGUGAAGGACCACGACCACCCUCUGUGGAUGACAACAUGACGCCCGUUUAUUCACAAGAGCCAGAAGACCAGGAGACCUAUCGCCACCGUUCACAGACACCAGUCGACACUUACAGAGAGCAAGCGGGAGAGGCAGCGCCAGAAUACCACAUCGAGGUCCCCGAAACCGAGCAGCACCCGGUCCUGACCCAAUGCCGGAGCGUGGAGAACUACGAGAAGCUGAACAGGAUAUCCGAAGGAACCUAUGGAGUUGUCUACCGCGCCAGAGACAGGAUCACAGGGGAGAUCGUGGCGCUCAAGAAACUGAAGCUGGAUCAGGAAAAGAACGGCUUCCCUAUCACCAGUUUACGCGAGAUUUACACGCUACUCCUGGCCAAACACCCCCACAUCGUCAACGUCCGCGAGAUUGUUGUGGGUGACACUCUGACACAAAUCUUUAUCGUUAUGGACUUUAUUGAACACGACUUGAAGGAACUGAUGAGCGGGAUGCGAUCACCUUUCCUCCAGUCAGAGGUCAAAACGCUGAUGCUUCAACUCUUGUCUGCAACGGAACUUCUUCACGAGAACUGGAUUCUUCACCGCGAUCUGAAGACAUCCAACCUCUUGCUUAACAACAAGGGCGAGAUCAAGGUCGCCGAUUUUGGACUUGCGAGGCGAUACGGAGAGCCACAGGGAGUGUUGACGCAACCUGUCGUUACUCUGUGGUACAGAUCCCCUGAGCUACUCCUGGGUGCCAAGCAGUACACUACAGCUGUCGACAUCUGGUCAAUAGGAUGCAUCUUUGCAGAGUUUGUCAACAACGAACCUCUGCUGCCAGCACGCAGUGAGGCAGAACAACUGGAAAAGAUUUUCAAAUUGCUAGGCAUGCCAAACGACAAGAUCUGGCCUGGAUUCUCAAAGCUGCCCUUAGCAAGCCAUGUUCCCAACUUUGUCCAGCCCUAUAACCUUCUUCGCUCCCGACUCCCUUACUUGACGGAAAACGGCCUCGAUCUGAUGUCAAAGAUGCUUACAUAUGAUCCUACUCGACGUAUCACAGCUGAGGACGCUCUGAAGCACCCAUAUUUCUCCGAGGCACCCCCACCAAAGCACCCAUCCAUGUUCCCGACGUGGCCUUCAAAAGGAGAAAAGACUGCAAAGAAGAAUGCUUCCCCUUCUGCCCCACAGGCUGUACAUGGACAUGGACAAGAUGAAGAGGAGGCCGGUGGUCUGUUCAAUUUUGCAAAUCAGGAGUCAACUGGAUUCCGUCUCAAAGUCUAG